AUGAAAUAUAUUUUUACGAUAUUUUCCAUGUUCAUCAUUUUACUUGUUAAAGGAAAGAGUUGUAUCAAUGACUACAAAAAUGAGCAGAAACACGAAUAUCACAUUUUUAUUAGCAAUAUAUUAAUAAAUAAUGUGUAUUUUACAUUCGACAAAGAUCGGUACCAUUACGAAUUAGAAGCAAAUAAAUAUAUAACUGAAAUUAGUGUUAGCCCAUUAUUAAAUAUUUGGGAAAAUUACAUAUAUAAAAAAAUUUCAUUAGAAGAUGAAAUGUUCUUUAAUGAAAACACAGUACAGUACCUAGAUAGUAUGCAAAAUGUAAGAGUUGAAGAAUUAUAUCUAAAAAAAUAUCACAUUUAUAUUAAUAAGAAAAAGGUGUAUUUUUCUGAUUUGCCUUAUAAUAUACAACUUAUGGAUAUGGGAGAAAAACAAAUAUCCAUUUUUUAUGAAAAUAAUAAGACAUAUGAAAUAAAAAUAAGAAAUAAUAACAAAUAUACCAGUUACUACUUAAAUGAUGUUAAUAUAACUGGACGAUUAUCUGACACAAAUCUAAUACUUGAUAAAGAGUUCAAAAAUUACAUUUAUAUUUACACUACGAAUGUACAGGAAAAUGAGGAAGAAUUAAAUGUUCAAGCAAAAUGCUAUAAUAGUGAAACAUACAUAAACAAUAAUUUAAUUAAAAACAAAAGUUUUGUUUUUCCUUUGAAUCCAAAUGUGUAUAACAACAUUUUGGUGAUCGAAUGUAGACACCAACAAGUUCUCGAAAAAACCCAACUGAUAAAUAAAAAAAAAAAUAACAUUUCAGAAAAUUUUAUAAAACGAAAAUUUCAAGAAAGCAUUCUACGUAACAGCCAAAAAUGGUACAAAGAAAUUCCAUUUUUAGACAACUUAAUAAGAAAUCAUCACAAAUUCCUUGACAAACAGAGUUCAUAUAAAAAGGACGACAAAAAUAAUCCUCCUCAUCAAGACAGUGUAUAUAAAAAAAGAAUUACUAAUUCUAAUGAAUUAUAUUAUAAACCUAAUAAAAAAGAAAAUUUUCAGAUUAAUAAAAUUUUCAGAAAAUUCUACUUUUUUAAUAUAUUUUAUCAUGUCACCAUAAAAAUUCCAAAUUAUAUGUACAACCUUACAUAUGGGAAUACAUGCCUUUUGGAUAAUAAAAAAAAUACAAAACAUAUUAGAGAAUAUUUUUGCAAUAAUUUUAACAAAAAUAUUUCUCUAUAUUCAGAUAUAAGUAAUAAAUUAUUUUCCUUUGUAAAGGUAGAUAAUCAAAACAUGAUUUAUAGAUUUAUUGAUAAAGUUUUAAAUGGAUCUAUACACUAUUCGACAAAUAUAUAUCUAUAUCUUGAAACAUAUUAUGAUAAAAAAGUAGUAAAACUUAAAUUUAAAAAAAAAAAUACAUUCAUUUUCCCCUUUUUAAUUCUUCCAUUACUUGCACUAGUAGUUCUUUUUUCAUUUAUUGCUGCUAUCUAUUGGUGCAAAUUUUAUCCGUAUAAUGAUAAGUGUACUGCUUUUUAA